GGACUCAUAGCUAAGCAGUUGCCUAAUUUUCUAUGGAAGACUUUAGAUAUUGCUGAUGAUGGAAAGGUAUAAAAGACCCAGUAUAGUGUCCUAGGAUGAUGCGGGCUGGUCGGUCGGAAACUGGGAUACAUCUUGUUUAAUGGAUCCAGUCACACCCGGAUGGCCGACCAGCUUGAUUGCAUACCAUAGUCCCAUCGCGAGAUCGCACGGGGCCGGAAGACACAACACUCUGAAUGCCAAUCUCAAGAAAUACGAGCUGGGUGAUAGUACACUACUCACGCAAGUGCUGGUCCGGAACUCGGGUUUCGAACAACAUCCUAGACCAACACCAAGACCAGGUAUCAGAAGCCCCCCAUCCCAGCAAACAAGCACAUGCAACACGGCGAAGCGGCGAGUAGGUGUACUGCCGAUAUACCGUUCACCGUCGUAUACUACACGCUAUACCACAAUACAGCUUAUAAACCGGUGGGCUUCAUUUGGGGUCCAGUUCAGGACUCUCAGAUGGCCGAUCUGGCAGCCCAAUCAACCCCCUGUAAACCCCCCUGUCUGGACGCCUGACGGCGGCUUAAAACUGCAACUGCACCUGCAACUCUGGGGUUGCAGAGAUAUCAUUCUGAGUCCUGCGGUGGUGCAAUGUGACUUCGAUCCUAACCAACCUGGAUUGUAUACGAUUCAGACGACAGCCCUAACCAACCUACAACUGGCCAGUUUGUCUGUACGAAGUUUUCUCAACCAUGCAAUCCCCAUUCCUUCGGGGAUCCUCUGCUCUGAUACGAUGCGGGAAAUCGCCUAUGGAUUGAUCGCGCAUGGAUUGAUUAAUAACACAAGCUCAUAAGCUCGCUGGGCACAAAGUGACAGGUCGGAUUUGGGCCCUACCGAGAGAUCCACUCCAGGUUGAUGCAAGCCAGCCAGGGCCGGACUUUCUCUAGUCCUGCAAAACACCA